UACGCCAUCGGCGAGCGCGUCGGCGGCGGGCGGUUUUCGAACGUCUUCAGGGCGACGCGAAAAGACGGGGGCGCGGCCGUCGCGAUCAAGCGCGUCGCCAAGGCCGGCGCGCCGCCGCACGAGAUCGCGGGGAUACGGGACGAGGUGUCCGUGCUGCGCCUCGCGCGCCACCCGAACGUGCUGCGGCUCUUGGACGUCUACGAGGACGACGACCACGUCGACCUCGUGCUCCAGCUCGUCGCCGGCGGCGACCUGCAGAAGCGGCUCGACGGGCGGCCGCCGCUCGCCGAGGGCGCGGCGCGCGCGGUGCUGCGGCCCCUCUGCGACGCGACGGCCUACCUCCACGAGCUCGGCAUCAUCCACCGCGACCUCAAGCCCGAGAACAUCCUCGUGGGGGACCGCUGGUGCGACGUCGUCGUCGCGGACUUCGGUCUGUCGAAGGUGCUGUUGGGCGCGGAGACGCUGCGGGACGCGGUGGGCACGCUCUGCUACGUCGCGCCGGAGCUCCUCGAGGGCGCCCAGUACACGCAGACCGUCGACACCUGGGCGCUGGGCGUGAUCCUGUUCCUCAUGUUGCGGGGCCGGCUACCCUUCGACGGCGACAGCGAGGACGAGAUCGCCGCGCGGAUCCGCCGCGCGGACCUCGGCGACGUCCGCGCCUGGACGGGCGUGUCGCGGACGGCCAAGGACCUGCUGCUGCGGCUCCUGACCAUCGCGCCCUUCCGGCUGCCCGCGCGGGACGCGCUCACGCACCCGUGGUUCCGCGCGCGCGACCCGGACGAGGAGCCCCGGGACGAGGUCGAGGACUACGAGAGCGCCGUCGAGACGAGCGAGUCCAUGCGCCCCUGCCGCACGAGCUGA